CCUCGCCGAACAGGGAAGUAAUAGUGUCUGAAUAGUUACACGUCUGAACAUGCAGAUCUGCCAAUGCUGGCCGGGAGGCGUAUUCAUUUAAGACUGUUGUACAGAUAAUGUCAACCAGACGAAAAUGUGUCCCUGGAAUAACCUUCAUUCUCAACCAGUAAACAAUUGAUAUAGCAAGACAACGCGAGUAACUUUGAUACCAGGCUGUCAUUCCAGUGAUGGGAAUAUCAACAAUGGAAACACACAGUAGGUGUCUGCAUUUGCGUAAUUUUGACAUUCUCAUUCUUGGAAUGAAAAACUUGGAUUCCUCAUCAGUGAUCAUCAGGUAGCUAUGCUUUAGUGUCUUUACAAUUAUGUUUUAUGAACACGUGUACCUGGAUUGGAGCUCAGUGUAAAGUCAAGAUUUAGAGACAUAAAAUAAAGUAUAUUUUGUGACUGUUAUUCAAUAUCAGUUACAAUAUACAAGUUGUUUUGGUCUAUUUAUAGACUUCCUGGUCUCCUCCUCAACGUUUUCAUCAACAUGGCAACACCCAUAGGUCAAAUACCUCUCCGUAAGAAAGGUCAGAUCACCUGUAUUGAACACAAAGGUAGACAACUUGAACUUUACUGUGAAAAAUGUGAUACACUAGCUUGUCUGCAAUGUUUGUCCUCAACUCAUAAAGGCCAUGAUGUUUGUGAACUCAGCAAUAUUACUCCUAAAAGGAAACAAGACAUUCAAAACUUUAUUGACACAUCUGAACAAAAUGACCUGGUACAACUUAGGGAAUACAUCACAUCUACUGAUACACUUCUUAAAGACAACACCAGCAUUUUUGAGAAUCUUUCACACAAGUUGAAAAUGCAAACAGAAAAAUUAAAGAAAGACCUCGACUUGCUAACAGCACAGACACUCUCUGUUUAUCACAAAAUGGAGGAGGAUAAUGUUAAGCUGAUUCAAACAUACAAACACGACCUAGACAUGUAUGACAAGCAACUCAAACAACGAGUACAGGAAUGCAAGACAGCACUCCAGCGCAGUAUUAAUAUAGAAAUCUAUGAUGUCGGAUGUGAAAUUUGUUCCGAAACAAAUCUUCCUGUAAAACCUGUCCUGGGUACUGCCAGUUUCACUCCAAACAAAACCCCUCAACAUCACCUAGAACUGGCCUUAGGAAAAAUAGCCAUAUCUAGUCAAGGUCAAGCUUCAAUUGACCAGGAUGGGUCAGUCAGGACAUCUGGUGGUCAGGAACCAUCCUCUACUUCACAACAGUCAGAACCAAAAGGAAAGAAGGCAGUGACUAUGUACACACUACUGCCACAGACCAAAGUGUUGGAGGAGUGGAGGUCUCCUGUUGGUAUUACUUCUAUAUGCCCCACCACUGAUGGUCAGGUGUGGACCAGUUUUGACAGUAACACAUUAACUCUCCUGGACAGGAAGGGGACAGUAAUACAGGAGGUCAAACACAAAGAUUACAUCGAAAACAUAAGCCUGUCACCAACAACACACACACUGUGGGUCUGUGAUACAGAAAACAACAUCAUGGAGCUGGUAUCAGGACGACUAAUACACAGAUUCAGUACAAAGGAGUAUCCCAUGUGUAUCUGUGUUACUGCCUGUAACCAUGUCAUUGUGGGGAUGACCGACAACAUCUCCAAAUUUACCACAAAAGGUCAAAUGGUGCUCACUACAAGUGCUGCAAGAACUGGGAAGCCAUUAGUGUGUUCACCAUAUAGGAUCUCAGAGUGUCCUGUCACUCACAAUGUCGCAGUGGUUGAUAGGAAUGAUCAGGCUUAUGGUGGUGAUGGGAUAGAACAUGUUAUUGUUAUGGACUCUGAUUUCAAGGAACUGUUUGUAUAUAGAGGUGACAUCCCCAGUACAUAUAAACAAUCAUCACAGAAAGGAGCUGCACCAUUUAUCCCCUGUGGUGUGGUGUAUGACAGUGUGGGGAACAUUAUCAUAGCGGACUGUAACAACAACAGAGUCCUACUCAUCAGUGGACGUGGUGAGUUCCUCAGGAUCAUACCCACAGACACAGACUAUACAUUGGCUGUAGGUGUAGACAGGGAGGAUGUCCUGUGGGCAGGGUUUGGUUGGGAUAAUGUUAAACUACUACAGUACAGCAGUGUGUGACUCCUGUGACAAAGCUAGUAGGUAUAGUUACCAUGACAACACAGAAUCAUACUGGUUGUAUCAUAAUCAGAAAAAUAGUCAACAAACUACCUUGGUGAUAAGUUAUCUUUGUCACUAGAGACUACUCUGUUAACAUUCUAUUAUGAUUGAAAGUUAUCAUGAUCAACGGAGAAUAAUCAGUCAACAUUCUAGUGUGGUCAUACAUUAUCAUGAUCAACGGAGGAUAAUCAGUCAACAUUCUAGUGUGGUCAUACAUUAUCAU